AUGCAGAUUUUCGUAAAGACUUUAACGGGUAAGACUAUUACCCUCGAAGUAGAGCCCUCGGAUUCGAUUGAGAAUGUAAAGGCGAAAAUUCAGGACAAGGAAGGCAUUCCGCCUGAUCAGCAGCGUCUGAUCUUCGCAGGGAAACAGCUUGAGGAUGGACGUACGCUGUCGGAUUACAACAUUCAGAAGGAAUCAACCCUUCACCUCGUGCUGCGUCUGCGUGGUGGUGCGAUGGACCCAACUAUGAAGGCGCUUGCCACAAAGUACAAGUGUGAGAAGAUGAUCUGCCGAAAGUGCUACGCCCGUCUGCAUCCUCGGGCCACGAAUUGUCGCAAGCGGAAAUGUGGGCACAACAGCAACCUUCGUCCAAAGAAGAAGCUGAAUAAGUAG